AUGGUGGUCAGCCUGGAGAAGACUACCUCCACUAUCUUCACCCUCGACCCAGCUGAGGCACGGCGAGAAGCGGCACUCCAUUUCCAGGGCCAACCAGUGAAGUUCUCCCCCACCACGACGUUCCUGGGCAUCACCCUCGACAGGAGCCUCACCUUCAUGGGACAUGUGAAGACGAUCAACGCCAAGAUGCUCCAAAGGAACAACGUCCUCCGGGCUAUCAGCGGCACGACGUGGGGCUGCUCACCGUCUGAUCUGCGCAGCACCUACCUCGCCUUCUCCCGUGCCUGCGCCGACUACGCCGCCGGUGCUUGGAUGCCCGGCCUCAGCGAGUCUGGCCUGAGGGAGCUGGAAAUGGUGCAGAGACAGGCGUGUAGGACGAUCACCGGCUGUGUCAGAUCCAUACCAGUGGACGCCCUGGCCAGAGAGGCGGAUCUCCUGCCUUUCUCGGCGCGGCGGAGGCAGUUGGCGGCUGUGGCGAUGGAGCGCCACUCCCGGGACCUACCAGACGACCCUGUGCAGCGGAUCCUCCUUCCUGAGAACCGGCCCCGGCAACGUCUGCGCUAUGAUAGAGGAUGGCGACGGACUGCCGCCGAGGAGACAAUAGCCGGACUGCCGAACCCGGACGUCCAGGCUUUCACGGACGGCUCGGCCUCAGCCGGCACAGAACGAGGCGGAGCAGGGGCAGUCGUCUACAGGAGCGGCAGGGAAGUGAAGAGGAUCCGAGCGCCAGCGGGGCGCUUCACGUCGAGCUACACAGCGGAGCUCCUCGCUCUACGUGAAACACUCAAAUACAUCGAGUCCAUCCUCACCGAUCAAGAACCUGCACUCAGUAUCCAGCUGUGCACCGACUCCCUAUCAUCCCUCAUGCGCCUGAGGGAGGGCCCGGCCAACCAGACUGAACGGGUCGCUGACCAAGUCUGGCUAUCCCUCCGGCGACUAGGACGACGCCACCGCGUGGACCUUCAGUGGGUUCCCGGUCACGCGGGAGUCGCCGGCAACGAGAUCGCCGAUGCCGUGGCCAGGGAGGCCGCUGAGCUGCCGCAGUACGGGACACCUAUCACCUUCGCGGCGGCCAAGAGCCUGCUGAAGCGCCACGUAAGCAGAGAGUGGGUGGAGAGCACGCGCCACUCCCGACCUGCGCCCGCGACCCGCCCGCACCUAAGCCACGACUACCACGAUGUCGUCGGCCCGGGCAGGGUCAGGCUGGCAGACAGGCUCGGCCUGUCCAGGAGAGAGGGCACCGCUUUGGUGCGCCUCCGGACCGGCCACUCUCCUGCCCUGCAAGCGUACCGUCACUUCAUCGGGAUGGAGGAGGACGACGGAUGCCCGACCUGCGACGGCGGAGUCAGGGAGGACGCGGAACACUUCCUGACGUCGUGCCCCGCGACGGCCCGCGUCCGACACGACGUUUUUGGGAGAGAGGACCCGACGCUGCGGGAGGUCUUCGCUGACCCGUGCCGGGUUAUCGAGUUCCUGCGGCGCCUGGGCCGACUAUAG